AUGGAUCGCGUAAUUGGCUUUUACAAAGGGAACUUGAAACCCCUGGUCGACCAAUACGUCCCAGAGGGCUCUGCAAUGUCAAGCUCUGUCUAUUUGACGGGUGCAGCUGCGAUCAUCGUAACGGCCAUUCUAUGGAGAAAUCUCAGGCUUACAAGUCGGAAGGCUACGAAGAAAGAUCAUCAACGUAGGAAGAAACCCGCCAGGGCUUCUGCGAAGAAAGAGCAUGACAAACCCAUCCCGAUGACUCCGGAGAGAAGAAUUCAUAAUGUACGUCUAAGAUUCCUCGACGAGUACGAGCAAGGUGUGCUGAAACUGCUGGAGAACUACAAUGCCGGCGACAAGGAUCAGAUAUACCAGCGGAAUUACUAUAAUGAGAUGCUUUUAAAGCUUUUGAUCGAGCUCGAUGGCAUCGAUCUUUCCAACGUGCCAGGUGAAAAAAAGCUGACGCUUAAGCAGCAGCGCAAGACGGUCAUAAAGGAAAUACAGACGCACCUGAAAUUGCUAGAUAAAUUGGCCUAA